AUGUCUUCAAACUACAGGGCUCCAACAGUUGCGCCUAUCCAAGAGCACUCGUCGGAGGAGGAUGAAUUAAAGGGGGCGGCAUUAAAACCAAGGAGAAGAGACGCCGAGCCUACGAGCGAGACCCUGCACCACCAAUACCGCUCCUCCCACGACUCAAUGAUGUCUCCGACAAAAGCCAACACUGGGAAAGAGAGGGAGAGAACUAAAAGAUUGCACAAGUCCUCUUCAGGUGCCAGCAAACACGACCCGAAACCGAAACCGAAGAAUAUCAGUGUCAGGAGGAGGAGCAGUACGAGAGAUAGUGGCCCUGAUGGCUCACGACCCCGCCAUCGGAAAUCGCAUUCCAGUCGAGAUCGCGAUAGGAGCCCAAGCUCAUCUUCAUCUGAAGAGGAGGAACCAAUCCAAGAUCACAGGGCAAUACUGGCAGCACGGUCUAGACUGACUUCACCGUCAACUCUAUCAACAUCCACCUUCCUCACUACGUCUACAAAUAAGUCGGGCGGAUCAAGCGGGAGCAAUUCUACCAUCACGCAGGCCUCGAUUUCAAAACGGUCAAGCCUAGUCAAGAAACCAGAGAUAUCAGAGGAAGAGACACCAGAAGCACCCAUGUCUCCUGCGGUUCCUGAUGCCCCAGAUGUAUUCGCCUUCUUGGAGGAGGAACCCUCGAGGGAGGACGCCAAAGACGGUGAAGGGGAGGACCAGGACCGAACGGAAAUCGAGGAGGAAGAUGACGCCGAUGCUACCCCUCGGUGGGCUCCUCCAGGGCAUUUCAAAGACGAUUACGUAGGAUCCUCACUUCCACGACACAUGUCACAAGAUGCCAGCACGUCUUCGUCAGUAUCCAGCAGUUUUCAUGGCGAGGACAACUUCUCUGAACCCCCAGCUGAGGCCGAUCAUGGCAAUGACACGGACCGAAGCACAAGUCCCGAAAGAAGCGUCCACGGCGAAGAAGACGAAGAAGAUGAAGAUGCUAGAGACGAGCAGGAGACUCCUCCUGCCGAUGAGACGUCAGCCAAGGUUGCGGCGCAAAUCGCGGCUGCCCAUCAGAGGCAGAAUCUGCAUGGUGCAGUGCAUUCGUUCGGGACACCCAACAUGCAACGAGGGCCGGCAAACCUUCCUCAUGUACCAUCAAAUGCUCUAAGCUCCAGGUACCAGUACCAAGGCCAACAUCGACCACUUCCAAGAGCAGAGAAGUUACCAGUCACUGGAUACGAACUUCUUGCGUCCCAGCUGUCGUCCCAUACGGAUGGAAAGAAAAUCAAGCCCAUGUACAGGAAAUUCGAAGCGUUGAAUCAUCGCCUGCUAUUACACUUACAAGACGAGAUUAGCGAGUUGGAGGAGCAGCUGCACCGUCUGGAUACUGCCGACACCCAAACGCGCAGGACAGAGAGACAAAUCAUGCCCGCUUCAAGAAGAGCUGCCGCGGCGGCUGGCGGGGAAUUGCAGUGGCAUAAAACAGACAUUUUGGGGAGGAUUGGAUACAAGCUUGCUCAAUACAAUCAGGCACUUGCUUCAUUCAACACAACGCAAUCUCUUUCAUCUCCUGACCCAGAUGAUAUAUCAACCUACCGCGAUUACCUGCAAACCGCGCACCCCAUUGCUGAGGUGGAAACCCAUUUUCUAGAUCCAGCCGAUGAUCUCGUAUCGAUUUCUUCCGAUCAUAUCCCUCCGUCUUCAUCCUUCUAUUCAACCUCUGAAUCCGCUACCUCUUCUUACCCACCUUCAAGCCUUGUAUCUCCAUCGAAGACCUCAGAACGCUCUGAGGUCUCGGAAGUCUCUGAAUUCAAUUCACAUGCAGAGCUACAAUCGACUAUGCUUGCUUAUGCGGCUGCACUCGCAGCCGCCAUUCUGAUUCCUAUAUUGGCCUUUACCGUCAUCCCCAACUUUAUCGGCAGGAUAGCGGUAACGAGUAUUGCUGCUGGUGGCGUAUUGGGAGCUACAAUUCAAGGAGGUGUUGCUGAUAUGGGUAUGGUGUUGAGGAGUGAGGGUCUGAUGUGUGCAGGGAUCUAUGGAAGCCUUAUGCUUAUUGUCGCGGGGAUAAUGAGUUGA